AUGCCUGCGCCGUCGCCCUUUGCCUCCCCCCUGACUUCUUCUUUCCUCCCUGCCUCGUCUCUCUUUUCGUCUUCUCGCUUCGUUUCGGCUUCUCGCUCUCGCGUGUCUCCGGCGCGCGGCGAGUGGCCUCGGCGCUUCUCGUCAGCUGCGAGGCGGCUCUCUCUGUUCUUCUCGGACCCGCCGCCGACGUACCCCAUUUCGCUGCAUGCAGGCUACAAAAUCCAGGCCGCCCUGUGUGUCGACAGACUGCCUCUGGUGUACAAAGAGCCGGUGUACGAGACACGGUGGCGAGAGUUCAAGGAACAGUGGGAAGCGAAGACGAAGAACGGUCUCGAGUUGUCAGACGACAUCACCUUCAUGAAGUUUCCCUUCCACUUUUUCGAAACCGAGGAAGCUCAGAAACAGAGAGAAGAACUUAUUUCCAAGACGGGCGACGCGGAGGUCUCUGAGCUAGAACUCCUCCUCAGUGAGGAAGGCUUCUCGGGAAAGCGAGAAGUGCAGAGGGACAAAGACGCGAAGAAAACAGAUCAGGAGGCCCGUAGCGCAGUUAAGAGUGCGGGGCGCGGGCACGACGAGAAAGGCAUCCACUCCUUGGAGCGAGAGCCUGAAAAGACUCUCUACCUGAUUGUCCGCUACGGAGACAGCUGGCAGUUCCCUCUCGAGGAUCGCAUCCAUGGCCAGUCCAUGAGGAGCACACUGAAGCGUCUCUGCGCCGAGCAGUUAGGCAACUCGUACGCGCCCUAUCUCCUUGGCUACUCGCCCUUCUCGUAUGACAAACGAGCGAAUCCGAGAAAAUACGCAAGCACGGGGCUCCUGGGCCGAAAGAUCUUCUACUACCGCGCUCACCACAUUCCAGGCUCCGAAAACAUUCAACUUCCACGGGAUAGCCCCAUCACAGAUUUUGGCUGGGUCACGCGUCAAGAGCUGCCUUCCUACAUCUCUUCCCGAAAGAUGGCUGCUGUGUCGUCAGGUCUUCUCUUGGAAGAAUAG